GACUUGGUUUUGCGUUUGAACUUAUCGAUCCUUUUCCCUUGUGACACUUCUCGCACAAAUAAGAAUAGGAAUUGAAUAUCCAAAAUAAAACGGGAUUGAGCACCGAGAAAGCAUCUCGGAGAGCAAACCCUAGGAAACAUGCCGCGGAAAGUGAAUUAUGGAUUGGAUUAUGAUGAUGGUUAUGAUGACUAUGAUGAUUAUGAUGAUUAUGAGGACUAUGCCAAUGCCAAUGAUUAUGGGGUUAAAGAGAAAGAUUUGUUUCCUUUCCCUGAAGUUACAGAAAAACCAUCCUGGAAUGAUCGCUCUACUAUUAAAGUUGAAAAGAAAACUACGAAAUUAGCACUUUGGCAGUGCUCUGUUUGCAAUUCUGAUAAUGAACAGAGUUCAUCAUCCUGUGACAUUUGUGGUGUUCUCAGGGAUCCUGCUCAGAACAUUGGUAAUGGUAGUGCUGAAAAUGUUCGUGGCAAGUGCAAGGAUAGUGGAGCAUCUAUAAUGGCUAAGUCUCUUUUUGCACAAAGCCCUUGCCAGAGGCCCGAAAAAGCUAUUAUCUCUGAUGAAUUUGUUAGAGAAAGUAGCAAUAAACCAUCUGAGAAAGCAAAAUCUCAAGCAAGUUUUGAUGAACUUCAGAAAAUAUUUGUGGCAUCUCAUCAAGGGCACUCUUUGAGUAUAGCACCUUUCCAGUUUAAUACCCUGUCUCCAGAUGAUAUGGUUUCUGUUGGAAAAAUCUCUUCAAAAAAAAGCUCAAAAGUUUCUGCCAACAACACUGGAAAGAAGGCAAUUGCCAAAUUUUCAGCAACAAAUGAAAUGGCAGAAAAUUCAUCUGGUAUAAUUUCUGGAGCUAAUCAGCUUAAUGGUAGUGAGAGUGGUAAUGCCAACAUUAAGAGUGACGCACCACAGAUCCUGGCCAGUGAUUUACAUCAAAUGAAGUUGGAUAAGGCUUCAACAAAUUUCAGAAAAGCCAAGCCUCUAGCAGAGUACAAGCCAGAAAAAUGGAUGUUAGCUAACCAAGACGGAAUCCUCAACCAGUUGAACCUUGCAGUUGUUGGUCAUGUAGAUUCUGGAAAGUCUACAUUAUCUGGGCAACUGCUCCAUCUAUUGGGCCGAGUAUCAAAGAAGGAGAUGCACAAAUUUGAGAAGGAGGCUAAGGAAAAGGGAAAAGGAUCAUUUGCCUUUGCUUGGGCAACCGAUGAGAGUGCUGAAGAAAGGGAGAGGGGUAUAACAAUGACUGUGGCAGUUGCAUACUUUGACUCGAAGAAAUAUCGUGUUGUUUUGCUUGACUCCCCAGGCCAUAAAGAUUUUGUUCCAAAUAUGAUAUCUGGAGCUACACAAGCAGAUGCUGCUGUCCUUGUUGUUGAUGCAUCCAUUGGUUCCUUUGAAGCUGGUAUGGAUGGCAAUGGUUUUGGUCAAACAAAGGAGCAUGCCCAACUCAUCAGGAGCUUUGGUGUUGAGCAAGUUAUAGUUGCUGUUAAUAAGAUGGAUACAGUGGGAUUCUCAAAGGAGCGCUUUGAAUUCAUAAAAUCUCAACUAGGCAAUUUUUUGCGUUCAUGUGGAUUUAAAGAAUCACAGAUUACCUGGAUUCCUUUGAGCGCAAUGGAAAAUGAGAAUUUGGUGACAUCUGCGACUGAUGCUCGUCUAUCUAGUUGGUAUGAAGGAAGUUGUUUGUUGGAAGCUGUAGAUUCUCUUCAGCUUCCAGUCCGAGAUGCCUCAAAGCCGCUUCUUCUUCCUAUAUGUGAUGUCAUUAAGUCACAUUCUCUAGGACAGGUGGCAGCAUGCGGUAAAAUUGAGACAGGAGCUAUAAAAAAUGGUUCCAGGGUUCUAGUGAUGCCGUUGAGAGAAGUUGCUACUGUGCGGUCAAUCGAAAGAGAUUCAUGUCCUUGCAGUGUGGCAAGAGCUGGAGAUAAUGUGGCUGUCAGUUUACAGGGUAUUGAUGGGGUUCAUGUGACGCCUGGUGGUGUCUUAUGCCAUCCAGAUUACCCCGUAACUGUUGCAUCAAGACUGGAAUUGAAAAUCCUUGUGUUGGACAUCAUGGGACCAAUUCUAGUUGGCUCUAAGUUCGAGUUUCACAUACAUCACGCGAAGGAGGCAGCAAGAUUGGUAAAGAUAGUGUCAUUGGUAGAUCAAAAGACCGGGGAGGCCGCAAAGAAGACCCCACGGUUCCUCACAGCAAAACAAAGUGCUAUAAUAGAGGUUGCUCUUGACAGAGCAGUUUGUGCAGAAGAGUUCUCCAAACACAGAGCACUUGGCAGAGCUUUCCUCCGUGCUUCAGGCUGUACAGUUGGCGUCGGUAUUGUGUCAAAAGUGUUCUCUGAUGAAUCAUAGUUUUGUAGACCUGCCAUCAAGAUCAGUUAGUCUUUCGCCCUCACCAUCAUUUCAGUGUUUGCUGUAAAAUCUUCAGAGUAUGCCAUGCACAAUAUGUAUACCAAUUAUUUAUCAUCCUGUGAAGUUAUGGCUCAACUGAGAUUUCUGUGUGUUUUGUUGAGCCCUCUUCACAAAUGCCUCAGGAAAUUUUGGCUCAUUCUUUUCCCGGUUUGUUGUAGAUUAUUAAGGAAGGAAUAUUAGAAUGAAAGCUGUAGUUGUGAAUCUUGUGAUGCUUUAUAUCCAUCUUUCAUGUUUUCUAUUAUAUUUUUCAGAUGGUAUAUGGUUAACUUUGAUA